AUGCUGAUGAUCCGAAUUGUUUUAGUAGCUCAGGAGGUGAUCUCAGAGCAACAUGUGCUUCCAUCCUCUCCCACUACCAGGGUCAACUCAACUGCGUCAGUACAGGAGGAUUUACCGCUGAGUAACAGCACUGAUUCCGCUGUGGGAUCCCGCAUUUCUACCAUUCUGAGAGAUCUACCCACCAUCAAAAACAUCGUCAUCUUUAUCUGUGUCCUUACCACCCUGCUCAUCACCUGUCUGCUCUUCCAGGUGUACAGAUCUGGAAAGAAGAUCCGGAAAACACGCAAAUAUGACAUCAUCACAACUCCAGCUGAGCGUGUGGAGAUGGCCCCCCUAAAUGAAGAUAAUGAAGAUGAUGAAGACUCAACUCUUUUUGAUGUUAAAUACAGCUAAGAGUGCAGAGAAGGCAAACAGGUGAAUUCACUGUUGGUAAUAAUGGCAUCACUGGUGUAAAUCCUUUGUUUCAUCCACCUAAUAAUGAGGAAAGCUCAUCUGAAAGUGAAGCCUACACCUCCUUUUUGAAGUGACUGUAUUACUUACAUAGUCAUGCCAGAAGCAUGCGAACCAUCUCCAUAUUUUCUUCUGUGAUCAUUUUGUACUACCUGUGAUCAAUUGUACUGUUUUGGACUGACUGUCUGACCAUUUUUACUGGAGACCAAAUGAACAGGCUUCUAAGGACUAUGUGAACAAAUGAAGGAGAUGUUGCAAUGUCUUUUCAGGACGGACUGAUGAUGAACUGAACUUCAUAUCUGCAUAUAUGUGACAGCCUAAUUCAGCCCUAAUUCAUCCUCCUGUUCAUUGUGUGUCCAGGUUUUUACAUUGUGUUUUUAUGGUGACAUUCCUGAAAAAAAUACACUUGUGUAAGUCAUACCCUAGCUGAAUUGAUCCAGAAUGUUACCUUGUAGUCCAGUAUUUUGCUAUGAAUUAAUAUUUCAUGUAAGACCCUUUAUACCGCAUCAUAAACUGCUUUAAAUAAUUUACAACCCCAUAAAAAUUCAAAGCUAGAUUUACAUUAUACUUUUGUUACAUUGCAAACAGUUUGAACCCAAGAUAUUUUGUGUUUUGUCUGGUCCACUACAUUUCAUUUGUUAAUAUACCUCCAUUCCUGUAUUUUAGGUCCACAAUAAGUUGGGGCAAUUUAGUGCUAGUAAUGAGGUAAAAAAAACAACUAAAUUAAAUAAUGGUGUGAUUUCAAACCGGUAAAUUUAAUCAUGAUUUGGAACACAUACAUUGCUUUAAAUCAGAAAGCAUUUUACAUUGUUACGAAACUGCCAUAAGGUACCAUAGGUUCUUAGGCUGUGGCAAAAAUAUAGUGUAACUGCAGUGUUAUAAUCUGCAAGAUGUUACCAAACAUAGAAGCACUAUGCCAAAUUCCAUUUCAAUUGGACAAUCUGUGUCUCAUCUUUUUUUUUUAGGAAUGGUUUCAUACUCGUGUACUGGGCCACAUUGGGUUAAUUGUGUUAGGACCCUGGAAGUUGCCCCAAUGGCUAUAUUUAUUGUUUUGCAUUUUCCUUACUGCCUCAGCUUUUUUGAUUUUGGGUUGUAAUUCACAUAUCUUUUGGAUGUUUUGAGUAUUUUGAAGAAUUUUAGGGUGUUUUAUAUAGAUGAAAAUCUUGUAUUAGGACAGAAUUAAUAUAUAUGUGGGUUGUACACUGCUUACAUAUAUUUGCUUAGAUAUAUUUGCCUAUGCGUGUUAACCAGAUAUAUUUAUUUUCUAAUACUGACUAAAGUAUAUAAUUGUGUAUGAAGGUAAUUUCUCAGAAAAAGCUUAUUUUAUAACAUAAGGUGUAAUAAUUCAACAUUUUCGGAAUUUUAGUAGCUUUGUAGGUGAUGUGCGUUAAUACUGUAUGUUUUUAUUCUAAAGUUGCUAGCCUCUUUUAGCAACUAGAUUUGAAUGUUUAAAUUGUGGUUUGAAGAUUUCAAGUUGCUGCUAUGUGUGUUUGGAAAGAAAUCGUUCAAUAACUGGCAUACUAACAGACUAGGGGUGGUACCAUUUUAGUACCCCCUUUUACUUUAAUUAUUCUAACAAUAUCUUAUACAUAAUUUACAUGUACUAUGACAAGAAAGGAUUUUGUAAUUAUUUAGGUUUUAACAAUAAUCACAUAUGAAAUAUUUAGGCAGAGUAUUUUUGUCUAUUAUGCUUUUUAGCUACAAAUGAAUAUUGUAUUUAUUACACACUUUAGUAUAAGCUCAAAAUAAAUAACAGAUAGAACAUUGUCUUAUGGCCAAAUUUUACUUCUGCAAAAUUUUUAAAUAAAAUAUUCUAUGACUGCAAACUUCUCAUGCCCUAAUACAGAAAGCGGAACUAUGAUGCACCCUUCACCAUGCCUUACAGUUAGGGCAAGGUUUUUGUGUUGGUGUGCAGUGAUGUUUACCUAAAUAUAUACCAAAAAACUGCCAAAACUGUAUGUAUUUGUAUUAUUCCAACUACGCACAGAACAAUGUCAGAUUUGCUGUAAAACUUUGCAGGUUGCCAAUUCCUUGGGAGACAUUUCUACUGCUAAUGUCCUCUUACAUUUGUUUUGAUAGAAUACAGAGACUUCUCUUGUGACUGUGUUUAUUAACCUGAAUGUUUACUGAAGGCAAAUCAAGAGAGAGGCAGAAUACAUCCAGGAGAGAGUGAUGAUAGGGUAUUGCCGAAUAAUCGGCACUGGUGGUGACGCUCUAAUAAUCCUGGGAUUUGUCUUACAACAUUCUGGGGUUAAAACAGUCAUUAAAACAUAACCUUUACAGCCACCUAAUAAUAUUUUGGUCAACAAUAAAGCAUAGUUGGUCAUUUUAUCUUGCUUGAGAAGAAAGAGAAAUGUUACUUAAUCCAAUUUCUCUAGCUGAUGUGUAAUCAUGACAUGCUGCUCAGCACUUUGUUAAGGAUUUAUAACAAUUGGUGUCCACUAGCAUUUUUGUUGUUGUUGUUGCAGUAUUACAGUCUCUUAUUCUGUUCACUUUUGGUAGGCAUUAAUAGUCUUUAUGAAGCUUUUGCUCAAUAGGCUAAAGGUGGUAUUUUUUAAUGUGGCUAUUUUCAGAAUUUUACCUGUAUUUUUUCUCUCUCUCUUUUUUACUUACUGUUUGAUGUGAGGAAUAGCAAAAUGAUUUUCAUAUGCUCGCAUACUUCCAAGUUAAGUAAGUAUAAUUUUACAUUUGCAGUGUUUGCAAAUUGUGUUAUUUUUACCUUCAGACAUCCAUAAUCAGUAAGCUUUGAUUAUCUCAUCUACAGGUUUUUUUUUGUACUGCAACCUCUUUUAUGGUGUGGUUUGUAAAAUGCAAAGCCAGGUGUAAUGUUUGUUCAGAAUGUGAAGUACAUGAAUCAUUUCUGUAAU